AUCAAAAAUAAAAUAAUUUGAGGGGAAUAAUUUAUUGGAAAAGGGAUUAUGGGUUACGCUGUGAAUGGAUGGGAGAGAGUUAUUUAUAAGGUUAAUUAGAGUGAGAGUUCGAGGAAAUAUCAUUCCAUGUGAUCGAAUUGAGAGACUGACAAUGAAUUUCCAAAACCAAAUACGUAUUCCACAAACUGUUGGGUUAAUUAGAGACCUUGGCCUUUUCUAUAUUCGCGAAUAUCUUGACCGUAAUUACAUGAACAUCCUCUCUUUCAAAUUUCUUGCUUUCCUUUCCACUACUUUUCUUAAUUCUAUUGCCAUUUCACAUACACAGGCAAAGUACUUGUACUGCUUCUUGAUGGCCGAUCUAUCCUUGGCUAUCUGCGUUCCUUCGAUAAUUAUGGAGCCCCGGUUGUACCAAAUACCUCCACAUAUCACUCCUGUCUCACUCCUUCAGAUUCUAAUUGCUAGAAAAGAAGAAAUGGAUUUAUUAGCGCUUGAAAGAAGAAUUAAGGUAUGGAUGGAGGAGCUCCUUGAAGAUACAUGAUUCAUGGGAAAUAAUCUGUUACUUCUCCAAGAAAUCAAAUCUUGAGAGUCCCAUCAUUUCCAAGUUUUUUUUUUCCUUCUUUCUUUUUGUAUUAAAUUUUCUAUUACAAUGAAUGAAAAGUCCCUUGAGAAAUCAAUUAUCAUAUAUUCAACACUCAACGGGUAAAAGGGUUAUUUCCAAAAAAAUGUUUAAGAGAAAAAAGGUAAAAUUUUCAUAGGGCUUAACUUUGAUCUUAAAUUUUUAGGAUGGAGAGAUUACCUAUAUAAAGUGUUAGAAGGUAAAAUUAUGGUCCCCUGUGGUGAUUUCUGAGUCCAUCCUGUAUACAACUAAAGAAAAUUAGCAACCUUUAUUUCCUUUUGAAAAAAGUAUAUCAUUAUUCAUUAUUCCACAAUUAGAGAGCUUUUUUUUCCAACUCAAUAGCAUUACCAUUACCAUCCAAUAACCUGUCGUUUCCCAGGAGCCUUUUGGAACGCUUAAAGCAAAAUACUACGUGGCCACUGAGUCACCAAAGUAGAAAAAAUGAUGGAUCAUAACCAAUCAAAUCCAAGAAUUAACUGUUCUUUACGUGAGAUAGGCCUAUAAUCCAUCCAUCAAUUACAACCAAACAGAUCACUUCUCUUCUUUUUUUGGAUAUUAGUUCCAUUAUUAUCUUCAAUACUUCUUUAAAACAAUAGUUAAAGAGAGCAAAAGAUGAAGACCAAAAUGAGAAAUUAUUCUAACAUGACUACUAUAAGAGGAUUGUUUCGUAAGAAUGGAAUUCUACAAUUUGUUUGUAUGCUUCCUAAUAAUUAAUAACCACUGAUACUUUUACUAUUUCUCUCUCAUGCUUCUAAAAUGUAGACAGUCAAGUGAUUUCCUAAAAUAAUUUCUCAAAUAGAAAAGUCUGCUGUGUGAUGAGCUUACUCUAGAAAUGGUAGGAGACAUCAAUGAACAACUAUAUUGUGUAAAAAGAAAAAUAAAUAAAUAAAGUCUCAAGGUUGCAGGUGCGCAACUCACUCAUUUAUUCAACUGCCAGGAGGGGGAAAAAAGGCUGAACAAUCGUAGAUGACUGUACAAUCACAAUAAUUUACAAGUACAUAUAUCUCAUCUAUUACAGUAUAUUAACAAAUUAUUAUUUUUCCUUUUUAGUGCAAACAACACUAAGACUAGGAAUAGGAGGAAUCUAUUAGAACAGCCUGGGAAUGUGUAAACUGAAUCCAUGAUGCCUACGUUUGAAGGUGCACAAUGAAAGGAGCAGAUUUAAGAUUUCUGGGCAGGUGAAAAAGCAAAUGUACAAAUGCAACUAAAAAGCAAGAAUAAAGACCAUUUGUACCGUACUCGACAAUGCACAGAACAUUUCUACAGUUCAAUUUCAUAAUAAAAAAUGCCCCUGCUGAUAUGACCAAGGCCAUGCAUCGGUUAAGCGUUAAAAAAUGCAAAAAAGUACCCUAAAAUAGAAUUGUAAUUACAAUUAUACCCUCAAACUUUGAAUUGUAAUAAUUGAGCCCUUCAACUCAUAUAAGUCUUAAAAUUGGACUCUUGAACUUCAUAAGAAAUUGUGUCCGUUGUACAAGUAAUGAAGUUUCAAUUUUCAUCAUUUACAGUCCAAUUUUUACAACUAUUUUUGAGUUCGAGGGUCCAACUUUAACCCUGGUAGAAAUUUGAGGGUCUUGAAAGUUUGAGAGUAUAAUUGCAACUACCAUCAUACUUUCAUGGCUGGUUUUUGCAAUUUGUGA